CUGAUUUAACGUCGUCGAUACAAAGUUCGAUGUCAAAACGGCACAAAUGGAAGCAACGAGAGCAUCGACACCAUGUCAGUGAAAACUCUCAGCUGCAGACUCUUGUUUCAUUCGUUAAAAAACACGAUCGUCACUUCAAGUAAAGACCAGCGGGCCCGACAUGCUGCAGCUGCUCUGCCGGGACGGAGCUCCUCCUCCCGGGGAUACUACAUGACCGCGAAGCCCAGGUAUCCCGGGCCGGGCGGAGCGCCCGACGUCCGGGUGGUGGACCUCCGCAGCGACACGGUGACCAAGCCCGGGCCCGCGAUGCGUCAGGCCAUGGCGGAGGCCGAGGUCGGAGAUGAUGUGAUGGGAGAGGAUCCCACAGUUAACGAGCUACAAAAAAUCGCAGCGGAUAUGUUUGGGAUGGAGGCCGCGCUCUUCGUCCCCACUGGAACCAUGAGUAACCUCAUCGCAGUGAUGGUGCACUGUCGGGAGAGAGGCGACGAGAUGAUUGUGGGCGAUGUGUCGCACAUACACAUCUAUGAGCAAGGAGGCAGUGCACAGCUGGCUGGUGUCCACGCCACCACGGUGACCACGCUCCCCGAUGGGACAUUUGAUUUGAUGCAGCUGGAAUCAAAGAUCCGCCACGGUUACCCUGACCCCCACUACCCCCGCACACGCCUCAUAUGUGUGGAGAACACACACAACAUACAAGGAGGACGUGUGCUGCCUCUGACCUUCUUGCAGGAGGUUCGUGCCCUUGCAGACAGAUACAGUCUGUCGGUUCACAUGGACGGAGCCAGGGUGAUGAACGCUGCUGUAGCACAGGGGGUUCCUCCACACGCCAUCCUGCAGCACACACACACUGUCAGUGUGUGCCUCUCCAAGGGUUUGGGUGCCCCUGUGGGUACCAUGCUGGCCGGACCCAAAGACUUCAUCGCCAGAGCGUUGCGGUGCCGUAAAGCUCUGGGUGGGGGGAUGCGGCAGGCGGGUGUACUAGCAGCAGCUGGAAAAUUGUCUUUACUGGAUAUGGUGGGACGACUGGAGGAGGAUCACCGCAACGCAAAAACCUUCGCUCAAGCUCUGCUUGACUUUGACCCUCUAUUUGCUGUUGACAUGGCGGCCGUGGAGACAAACAUCCUGCGUUUCUAUUUGAAAGGGCUGAGUUUAAGUCCCGUUGAGUUCUGUGCCGGCAUGGCCCAGGUCGGCGAGGGAGACAAGGCUGCAUUGGGACAAGGGGUACAAGUUCUAAUGUACCCUCAUUUUGGAAACUCAGUCCGGGCUGUGUGGCAUCUCGGGAUCUCCCCUGAAGAUACCCAGCUGGCCAUCCAGAAAAUGCGAUUUGUUGCUUCUCAGCACUUGAAGAAAGAACUCAAAGCCCAGUGAUGUUUGAUGGAAGGUCUAAUCAAUAUGACUGAUUAGACUUUAGUCCCUUUGGAUCAUGGACCUCUUUAUAUCCAUAGUUUAUUUUUGCCAUUUUCUUAUUGAAUUAAAUUUAACGAUCCCAUGUC